AUGUCGGCCGUCGGCUCACAGCGUCGCAGCGUAGUGCCAAGGCCAAGAAAAUUGUACGCGCAUCGUACAACUUGUUUCAAAUUUCACCUUGAUGGCGAAUGUACUAUGAAAGGUGCUGUUACAGAGCCAACAAACUCUACCCCAUCAUUGAACUGCAGUGGUUUACAGGAGCUGAGGCGGAAACGAAGGUUCGUUCAGGAUCACCGACACUCUACGGCUUCUGGUGAUACAUCAUAUCUCCCGAUGCCGUCGCGUUUCAACGCAUUUGUUGUCCCUACCGUUCCACCCACGCAGAAAGCUGAUGAUGUCGCGACUGUUGUACUGAUUGGAACUCAGAGCUCGGUACUCGCGCCACAGGCCAUGUUUAUAAGAAUCGAGAGUCACCAUGGGACUCAGCAAGACUUACCCACUCAAAAAAUCAUGGAAUUCGUGGAGCACCACAAGAACCGGCUGAACGCCAUCCUGCAAUGCCUCUUUCCCGACAUUCUACUUGAAUCCACUUACGAACAGUCUCAAACCCGUCAAGGUCCAAUUUGGCAAUGUGAUUUCUAUCUGGACGGUGUACAUAUUGGCACCGGGGGGGGUAUCACUAAGCAACAUGCAUCUGAAGGCGCAGCGGAGAGCGCUGUUGAAUAUCUACGUCGCCAAUACUCUGAACAGUAUCCCCGUGCCUUUCGCUAG